AUGCAGUUUCGCGAUGAUCCAUUUGCUGAUGCGGCAUCAGUACGUUUCAAGGAAGGCUCUAAAUUUAUAUCAAUUGCUAAUCAAUUUUGCGAAGAAUUUUUAUCGAACAAGCUCCUGAUCGAUGAGCUUCGAGCGGAUCAGUAUGAUUUAGGAAUUACCGAAAUAUACGAAUUAUGUCCAUGUGGGUUAUUCGAAUUGAUGGGA